AUGAUUAAGAGCGACACCAAGGGCGAGGGCGAGAGGCAGCCAAGGAAAGUCCGGUUCAGAAUUGCAUCUUCCCAUAGUGGGAGAGUGCUCAAGGAGGUGUACGCGGAUGGGGAAACAUCCGACUCUCUGGAUUCCGAAUGCACGAGCAGCUCAGAGACAGACCAGAGCAGGCUCAGUGAAUCUGAGGGGCCGCACAACGGAAAAUUAGGAUCUGAGUACGACGAGAACGAGAAAGGCUCAGAGGAUAUGCUCAUUUUUGUGAGAGCCGCCAAAGAGAGGGGAUUUAGCGUGAAAAGAGUCAACAUCCUCAGCAAAAAUGGUACAGUUAGAGGAGUCAAGCACAAAGUCAGUGCUGGUCAAGUUCUCUUUGACAACAUGUCAAAAGUGUUCCAGGUAUCAUCUGUUUUGGAAUAUGGGCGCAUAAUAAUUUACACAACCAGCCUUCGAGUGGUAAGAACAACUUUUGAGAGAUGUGAGCUGGUUCGAAAGAUCUUCCAAAACCACCGUGUUAAAUUUGAAGAGAAGAACAUUGCACUGAAUGGUGACUAUGGAAAAGAACUAGAUGAGCGAUGCAGAAGGCUUGGUGAGACCCCCUCCCUACCUGUUGUGUUCAUUGAAGGCCAGUAUCUGGGGGGUGCUGAGAAAAUUUUGUCAAUGAAUGAAUCAGGGGAACUGCAGGAUCUCUUAACCAAAAUUGAGAGGGUUCAACACCCCCAUGCGUGCCUCUCCUGUGGGGGCUUUGGUUUUGUUCCAUGCUCAGCGUGCCAUGGGAGCAAGAUGUCAGUGUUUCGGAACUGCUUUACAGACUCAUUCAAAGCCCUGAAGUGCACCGCUUGCAAUGAGAACGGCUUGCAACGCUGCAAAAGCUGCGUGAGCUAA